AUGAGAGCGAGAUUGGUGGUGUUCCCGAUCAAAGGGAGGAAGUGGUGUUUUAGCAGAUCCGUUGAUCCUUUCGCUUCUCAGACUCCGUCCGGUGUCACUCCGACUACUGUGCGAGGUUUAUGGAAGAAGUUGUCAUCUGAGUCGAAGCCCAUCAAUGCCAACGCAGAGCUUCUUGUCGAUUUCAUCUCUGACAAGAUGAACAAAGCGUGGACGGGUCUUGAGAAAGCGCCUGAAGGAUCAGUUAAGAACAAGAUUCAUGGGUUAGGACUGAAGCUUCUGGCUCGUGUUAAGCCGUCUGAGAUUUUCUUGAAGUCUAUAUCUAAGGAGGUCACUUCCAUUCAAGUCUCUUAUCCUCUUAGUUUAGAUCCUAGACUUGUACGCAGGAGACUACGCCAUAUUGCUGUGAGUGGAACAAUCCUGCACAAGAAGUACCUGAUUGGCUCAGUUACUUUGCUUCCAUUGACAAGUGCAUUUAUGGUAUUGCCAUUACCAAACAUACCAUUCUUCUGGGUUUUAUUCCGUACAUAUUCCCACUGGCGAGCUCUUCAGGGAAGCGAGCAGCUGCUUAAGCUCCUCCCAAACCAAACUGAUGAUGCAGAUGAAAGCAAUAACAACAACAAGAAGCCUCAAUCUCCCACAUGUGUUUGGCUGCCAUCAGAAGACUUUAACCAGCUACUUCGUGAAGCCAACGAGGAAGAGCUUGAUGAGGAGACCAUAGUAGAGAUUUGCAAAUUAUUUCAUCUCAAUAAGAUCGAUGUUCUUAAAUAUCGCAAUCUUGUCUAA